UAGCCAUUCCAAAACGCAGAACUCGUUUCCCGUCUCGUCCGCAUCGAUCGGCGCCGGCAGUUUUCGAAUUUGGGGUUUGAGAAGGUUGAGGAGGAGUUGGGAGGUUGAGAAGGCGGCGGCUGAUUCGUUGGGUUCGAUCGGGCUCAUGGCGACGGCUUCCGGCGAUCAGUCGGCGGGUUCCGCGGCGAGGGCGUCGAAGCUGAGGUACCCGCUCCGGUCGGCGAGCCGGGGGAAGGGCGCCGCCGAUGCUCCUCCGACGAGCGGCUCCGUGGCGAGGAGUUUUAUUCCUUGCAGACCAAAACCAUCUUUGGAUGUCAGCAAGAGCGUUUGUGGUCUUGAUCUUUCAUCGGUGAAGGAUAAUUCAGCCAAACCUCCACGGAGGCACUCAAUACAGACCAAGCCAGGUGUUAGCCCCAGGCCAACUCCUACAGGAACUAUCACUCCUGUGUCAUUGGUUCGUUCAAGGAGGUCCGAUAGUCAAGGGAAGUUUGAUACCCCGAUAUCAGAAGUUUCCAUGUCCACAGCAAGGCGCAAGUUCAGCACUCUGUCCUCAACCUCAUAUUGGAUGACACAAAUCAGGCUUGCAGAGGCUGCUUCCAAGCACUCUAUAUCGUUGGGCUUCUUUAAGCUUGCACUUGAAUCAGAAUGCGAGCCUCUGGAUCGUAUGAGAGAUGAGCUAAAGGCUUAUGUUGUCCGGCAUGGCCUUGCAACAGAGUUGGAGGAACCAGUGAAGGAUAUUCUUCAGGUUUACAAUAUCGUGGAGGAUCUUGAGAAGCUAAAGAUCACUGUGAACUCUUCAGAACAGCCGAAAAAGUCUGACAAGGCUGCUCAUAGUGCCACCAAUGUGUCACCAAAGGGUAAUCUGAAGCCAAGAUCGCUGAAUUCUGAUGCAGCUCAAAGUAAGGAAGCAGCUAAAAAAGACAACAUUCAGAAGAAGCCUGAUGCAAAGGUUAGAGGCUCCUACAACCGGAAUCCUGCAAAAGAAGCCAUCACCAAGAAUACUGGUAAGAAAGCCAAGAAGCAGGUCAAGGGGCAGAAGGAAGAUUGCAAUGGAGGCAGCGAGGCUUUGCCAGUUGGUACAGAGCAAGAACCUGUUGAUGUGGUGAAGGAGGUGACAAAUGAAGAUAAGGAGAAUAUGGGGGACAGUGAAAUGCCAAUGGAUCUUGGCAUAGCCCAAGAAAUCUAGAACAACCAAACCGACUUCAGAUUCAAAUCUUUUUAUCGCUGGAUAUGAAGUAGAGUGUGUGGUGCUUGUUUUUUCCCCUCAUUUGUUCAUAUAUCGCUGGAGCUUGCCUUAUUAUCAAAACCAUAAAGAGGUCUUUAAGUGUGUAGUAUGGUUUGCAGGGUGGAUGUUUGCUUUAUUAUCCCUUUGUUAAGUUUGCAAUUCUGAAUUGUCCAGUCAUGCAUCUGAAUAUAAUUGAAUUCUUUAUUUGUGUGAUAUACUCCUA